UCUGCAAGAUUCCCAACCUCAAGUGCCACAUUGCUGAGCCUCUUCCUAUUCUUCAUAAAUAUUAUCAGUCAGGAGAUGCUGUCAUCGGAGCCAUCAUGUCUCAAAUCUACAUAUUUUCAAACACAGUAACUUUCCAAGAAUGUCCUUCUACUGAACUUGUUCAUGAUACUGCAGUUAUGACUCAGAUCUACCAGCACAUCCUGUCUUUGGUAUUUGCUGUAAAGGAGAUCAAUGAAAAUCUCCAGAUAUUGCCCAAUCUCACUCUGGGCUUCCAUAUCUAUAACAGUCAUUUUAUAGCAAGCUGGACAUAUCAUGCCUCGAUGGAACUCUUCUCCACACAAGGCAAGUUCAUCGCUAACUACAAGUGUGACACCGAGAACAAUCCGGUGUCAGUCAUUGGAGGACCUAAUUCUGAAGUCCGCAUCCAUAUGCCAACCAUCCCAUCAAUCUACAAAAUUCCACAGUUCACUUAUGGCUCUAGUUCUGAGAUAAAUAGGAAAGCUCAGGACGUUUUCUACCACCAGAUGUUUCCAGAUGUUGACAUGCAGUACAAGGGGAUUGUCCGGUUACUGCUGCAUUUUGGAUGGACCUGGAUUGGGGUUCUAUAUGAUAAUGUUGAUGAAGGAAGUAAGUUUGUAGACAGUGUGCUUUCCACAUUUUCCCAGAGAGGUAUUUGCUUUGAUUUCAUUGAAAGAUUUCUGGUACUGACUUUUGUCAGUGAUAUUGAUAAGAUGGUUGCAGAAGGAAUGAAAACAUAUAGCACUAUAACUGGAAGCACUGCUACCGUGUUACUUGUUCAUGGAGAAAUUGACACCAUGAUAUAUUUGAGAAUGGUCCCAACCAUAUCAAAAUAUGAAAAUAUAUCAGCAACAGCAAAUAAUAAAGUCUGGAUUAUGACAGCCCAGAUGGAUUUCACAUCACUACCCUUUCAAAGGAAUGAAGAUCUAGACUUCCUACAUGGUGCCCUAUCUUUUGCAGUUCACUCAAAGGAAGUUUUGGGAUUCCAGAAAUUUCUCCAGAAGAGAAGGGCAUUCUCUGAAUCACAAGACGGCUUUAUUCAGGUUUUCUGGGAGGAGGCCUUUGAAUGUUUCUUUCCCAGCUCCAAGAUUCACGAGCAAGAUGAAGCCAUCUGCAAUGGACUGGAAGAGCUGGAGACACUUCCUUCAUCUGUUUUUGAGAUGGAUAUGACUGCCCACAGCUAUAGCAUCUACAACAUGGUCCACAUUAUAGCACAUGCUUUGCAUAACAUGCUUUCAUUUGAAUUGAAGCACAUGGCAAGAGUACUUGAAGCAAGGGUGAAGCUACUAGAUCAAGACCUACGGCAGACACAGCCCCUUUCUCUUUGUAAUGCCAAAUGCAAUUCAGGUUAUAGAAAGGCUGCGAAGGAAGGGGAGCCAUUUUGCUGCUAUGAUUGUAUCCCAUGUCCAGAAGGGAAGAUUUCCAACCAGAAGGACUUGGAUGAGUGCUUUCAGUGUGCACAAGAUCACUAUCCAAAUGAGGACCAAGAUUCCUGCCUUCUGAAAAAUACAAACUUCUUGUCUUAUAAAGAAACCCUGGGGAACACUUUGAUCAGCUUUGUGGUUUGUUUUUCCACCAUUACCAUUUUGGUGUUAUGGAUUUUCGUUAAACAUAAUGAUACUCCCAUUGUGAAAGCUAACAAUAAAAGCCUCACCUACUUUCUCCUCAUCUCUCUCCUACUCUCUUUCCUUUGUGUUUUGCUAUUUAUUGGUCAGCCUCAUCAAAUUAUAUGCCUUCUUCGACAGACAACAUUUGGCAUCAUCUUCUCUGUGGCAGUUUCGAGCAUCUUGGCAAAGACUAUCAUUGUAGUUCUAGCUUUCAUGGCUACCAAGCCAGGGUCCAGAAUCAGAAAAUGGAUAGGGAACAGACUGGCCAUUCCUAUUGUUCUUUCUUGUUCCUUUAUUCAAACCAGUAUUUGUAUUGUAUGGCUAUCGACCUCUCCCCCAUUCCUAGAUGUUGACAUGUAUUCCAUGACAAGGGAAAUUGCAUUGAUAUGUAAUGAAGGGUCAACUAUCAUGUUCUACUGCGUCCUUGGUUUUAUGGGCUUCCUGGCAAUUAUCAGCUUCAUGGUGGCUUUCUUAGCCAGGAAGUUACCUGACACAUUUAAUGAAGCCAAAUUUAUUACCUUCAGCAUGUUGGUCUUUUGCAGUGUUUGGCUGUCCUUUGUUCCAACAUACUGGAGCACAAAGGGGAAAUAUAUGGUGGCUGUGGAGAUCUUCUCCAUUUUGUGCUCCAGUGGUGGGUUGCUAGCUUUUAUCUUCUUUCCAAAAUGUUACAUUAUUGUGGUUAGGCCUGAUUUAAACAACAAGGAACAGCUAAGAAGAAUAAUUGAAGAAGUUAAAGUUGCUCUUGCUUCAACCACCAAGCUCAUCUAUGGCUCAACUCCAGAAAUGAAUACAAAAACGCAGGCUCCUGUAUAUCAACAGAUGUUCCCAAGUGUGGAUCAUCAGUACAAGGGGAUUCUCCAGUUAUUGCUCUACUUCCAAUGGACUUGGAUCGAGGUGUUAUAUUCAAAUAAUGAUCAUGGUGAAAGGUUUAUACAGAAUAUAGUUCCCAUGUUUUCUCGGAAUGGCGUCUGCUUUGCUUUCAGUAAAAAAUUCCCAGCAAUCACUUAUUCUAAUAACAUUUUGUCUGCUGUGGAAGCUGGGUUUGAAAUGUACAAUGUUGUUAUGGGAAGCACUGUUAAUAUAGUAAUGGUUUUUUGUGAAAUUGAAGAGAUGAUUCUUCUUAGAUUAUUUCCCACUUUAUCAAAAUAUGAAGGAAAACCACUAUGGAAAAGAGUUAAGGUGUGGGUUAUCACAACCCUGAUAGAUUUCACUUCACGUCCCUUUCAAAGAAAUGAAGAGAUAGAUUUCCUCCAUGGUGCUCUGUCCUUUUCAAUUCACUCAAAGGAAGUAGUGAGAUUCCAGAAGUUUCUUCAGAUGAGAAAUUCUGCCUUGGAAAAAGAAGAUAGCUUUAUGAGGCUUUUCUGGGAAAAUGCAUUUGACUGUUCAUUCUCCAGGUCCAUAAUGGAUGAGGAACAUAGGACUAUCUGCACUGGAGAAGAAAAACUUGACAGUCUUCCUACAUCUGUAUUUGAAAUGGACAUGACUGGCCACAGCUACAGCGUCUACAAUGCAGUCUACGUAGUGGCACAAACAUUGUAUGACUUCCAGUCAUCCCUUUCCAAAUAUAGAGCAGAAGAGCAGGAAGCCAAACAAAAUCUUCUAAAACAACCACUAUGGAAGGUAAUGUCCUGA